AUGCAGAGGCUGCUGGGGGCCGGGCCGCGGCACUGGGAGGCGGUGGGGGCGGCUCGGCGGAGCGGGCGGGCCGGGCUCAGGCUCAGGCUCCUAGCAGAGGCGGGCCGGCGUAAGGCCGCGUUACUAUGGCAGCCAGUGAACGGAGGCGGGGCUCCGCCAACCGGAAGUGACGCACCGGAAGGCGGAAGUGGCGGGAAAGGCGGCUGCGCUCUCGGCUGGCGCAGGGGGAAGCACGUGGCGGCCGCGGCCCAGGCCGGACUCGACGCGCCCGGCCUCCUGCCCAUGGUGGAGACGUUCUGCGCGCGGGCGAUGCGCGUGGCCGAGGCUGACCUGGUGCAGCAGCUCCGCAGCGCGCGGCCCGCGAAGGAGAAGCGGCAGUGGGUGCAGGGCAUCCUGGAAACCAUCCAGCGCUGCAGCCACGUGCUGGAGGUGUCCAUCCCCGUAAAGCGGGACAGCGGCCACUGGGAGGUGAUCGAGGGCUGGCGGGCCCAGCACAGCCAGCACCUCCUGCCCUGCAAAGGGGGGGUUCGGUUUUCGGAGUCAAUUAGCAUUGAUGAUGUAAAAGCCCUGGCAGCCUUAAUGACAUACAAAUGUGCGGUGGUGGAUGUUCCCUUUGGUGGUGCCAUGGCUGGCGUGAAGAUUGAUCCAAAGAAGUAUUCAGAAGGUGAGCUGGAGAAAAUAACAAGGCAGUUUACGGUUGAAAUGGCCAAGAAGGGAUUUAUAGGGCCUGGAACUGACGUUGCUGCUCCUGACAUAAAUACAGGGGAAAAGGAGAUGUCCUGGAUUGCCGACACCUACUCCCGCACUCUCGGCUACAAGGAUAUCAAUGCCCAUGCCUGUGUGACAGGGAAGCCUAUUAGUCAGGGAGGAAUCCAUGGGCGAGUCUCCGCCACAGGCCGUGGUCUGUUGCAUGGGAUUGAGAACUACAUCAACAACACUCUCUACAUGAACCUCGUUGGCCUGAGCCCUGGUUUCCCUGGCAAGACCUUUGCGUUGCAGGGCUUUGGCAACACGGGCCUGCACACCAUGAGGUACCUGCACCGCCACGGAGCAUGCUGUGUGUGUGUCGGGGAGGUGGAUGGUGCUAUUUACAAUUCCAGUGGGAUCCAUCCCAAGGAACUACAAGAUUAUAAGAUGGAACAUGGCACUAUCGUCGGCUUUCCAAAAGCAGAGCCUUACGAAGGCAGCGUCCUGGAAGUACCUUGUGACAUCCUCAUCCCAGCUGCUAUCGAGAAGCAGCUCACGAAGGAGAACGCGCAUCGGGUCCAAGCCAAGAUUAUCGCCGAAGCUGCCAACGGCCCCACCACACCAGCAGCCCAUGAGAUCUUCCUGCAGAGAAAUAUCCUCGUCAUCCCGGACCUGUAUGUGAACGCGGGCGGCGUGACCGUUUCCUUCUUCGAGUGGCUGAAGAACCUCAACCACGUGAGCUAUGGCCGCCUGACCUUCAAGUACGAGCGGGACUCCAACUACCACCUGCUGAUGUCUGUCCAGCAGAGCCUGGAGCGGACCCUUGGGAAGGGCAGCGGGGAGAUCCCCAUCAUCCCCUCCCCGGAGUUCCGGGCCAGGGUGGCAGGGGCCUCAGAGAAGGAUAUCGUGCACUCGGGGCUGGCCUACACUAUGGACCGCUCGGCCCAGCAAAUCAUGAACAUCGCCACGAGGUACAACCUGGGCUUGGACCAGAGAACCGCUGCCUACCUGUGCGCCAUCGAGAAGGUGUUCAGGGUGUACAAUGAAGCUGGGUUCGCAUACUGACCGAGCUCCUCUGGAGAGGGCAGGCAGAGCUGCUGGGCUUCCUACAGCCGUACAGGGCAAGCCACCCCCCAGGGCCUUUCCGCGUGGUGAUACCCAUAGCGCUGCAGCAGCCAGUGAAACUCCGAGCGCCCCAGACCAUCCUGGGCUGUGUCGCUGACUUCCUGCUCGUUGGCUUUCAUGGCAUUCCCACCUGCCUCUGAGCUCCCCCCCUCCGGCUGUACUCCUGCAGCCCGGCCUGCCAGGAUGUCUCCAGGAACGGUGAAGGGAUGGAGAAAACAGGUUCAGGGUUUUGGGUGGGGUUUUUUUAAUGGAAAUUUUGGGAAAAAUUGAAAUAUCUGCCGUAGUUACUUGUUUGUCAAAACUAAACGUGAUUUGCUCUUUAAGAACGAGCAGUGUAGGGUGUAGAAUGGAGGGAGCCCCCAGCGUUGCUUGGUAGAUUUAGGAAAUAAGUAUAAAUUCUUUCGCUUUGAUGGAGUAACGAUGUCGCGUGCGGCUCGUGUUCGGGGGGAGCCGCAGCUGCACAGUCAGGUGGAUUUGUUUUUGCCCGAUGGCGAAUGAGAAAAAAAUCGGAGAUGUUGAAA